AUGGCACAGCAUGACAGAGGGAAUGAGAUGCGUGACGGAGGCCGAAGGUCGAGUCGCGGAGGUCAGGGGGGAGUAGGCGGAGGACGAGGCCGAAGAAAUGAUGCUCGCGACAAUCCGAACAACCUCAACAUCCAGAGAAAUGGACGAGCGACCCCCACAGGUCCAAUGUCCCCUCCCCCUCCACGACCUGCGAGCACAGCUCCAACGCCCGCCCAGACCCCAACACCAACUCUCGAAAUCCCCAGCUCAGGCUUCAACCCGAUCUCCGCGCCAUUCGACUAUGUCUUCGUGACAGACGACCGUGUAUCCGCCUGGGACAGCACUGGUCAUAAGGAAGUGACGCAGAAGGGCCGUGGAGCCGUCGAGGACGAGGACACAACAGAUCUCUCUGAAAUUUUCCAAGAGCUCAUUCGUGCGGCUCUGGAUGGGCGUAUGGACCCCGCCUCCGCUGGUAGGUGCAUAAAGGAGAUUCUAGGGCCCGACACUGCGCCAGCAGAUGGAUCAAAACCUACCUUCGAUGCACCGACUGCUUUCCUCGAUAUUCUUUCCAUGGUACUCGAAGUGGACGACAGUCCGAACAUUUCAUCCCUCCGGUCUCUCAUGGUCGCGACAGAAAUAUCACCUAAUAUCAUGCGCCAAAAACUGGACAACAAGGUUCUUUCAGACACUGGACUCACCCGGGAAACUUUCAGUCGCAUGAGCAUUCGGCAAGCUACAAACCAACUUUAUCGACAAGCAAAUUACAACCUUUUGCGGGAAGAGACAGAAGGGUACUCGAAGCUUGUGACUGAGUUGUUCACGACGAGUGGAAGCGAACCACCGUCGAGCGAAGUUGUGGAGGAUGCGUUUGAGAGGGUAAAGGGAUUAAUAGGAACCUUCGAUCUGGACGUUGGAAGGGUCCUGGACAUUACACUGGACGUCUUUGCCUCGGUAUUGAUCAAACAGUUCCGCUUUUUCGUAAAGUUUUUGCGAGUCAGCUCCUGGUGGCCCCGAAAUGGUAAUCUGCAGGGUGAACGACAUGGAGGUCUCCCAAACUGGGCUCUACCGACAUCUCCGCAUUGGAUGCCAACAGAGGAAGAUGUUUUUGUUGGCAAGCAAGAACGUGCUGAGAGGGAUAUUCUCUUUUGGGACCGGGCACGUGAAGUCGGUUUGGACGCUUUCUUUGAGCUUGGAGGCAGACAUCUUCUCGACGAAGAGACUAAGAGUCGUAUCCUCGCGAGCAAAGGCAGCGGCGAUAGAGAUAUUGAUGGCGAUCGCGACUGGAUCGAACAAACAGGCACGCUCCCUCCAUCUGGAAAUCGUGUUGCUGCCCAAUUACUUGGUUUCAAGCUGCGUUUCUAUAUCUCCGCUGCCCGCGAUGAGGAUGACACUCUUCCACCAAAUCUCAUAUACUUGACCGCUCUACUCAUCAAAAUCGGGUUUAUAUCACUUCGAGAUCUGUACCCACAUCUGUGGCCUUUCGACGACGCCAUGCCGGCUUUGAGGGAAAAGCGAGCUGCAGAACUGGCGGAAAAGGAAAGACUGAACCGUCCUGGCGGUGGAUUGACGAAUGCAUUGGCCAACGCUGGCGCUCUGACUGACGAUACCGUCCCGGGCGGCGGCAGAAACCGUGAGGCGGCAUCCAAAUCUGACCAGAGUAAGGCAGCAGCAGAGACGGAGGGAAAAUCAGGCGAACCGGAAGAUCAAAAGGUCCAGCUACUAACCUGCUUACUCACCAUUGGUGCCAUCCCCGAGGCGCUUUUCAUGCUUGGUCGCUUCCCAUGGCUCCCUGAGGCAUACCCCGAUCUGAUGCCCCUCCUUAAUCGGAUCAUACAACACUCGAUAAAGGAUGUUUACGACCAAAUCCGCCCCCGUGUAUCGCCCGAAGCCGAAAAGAAUGCAGAGUGCCCAGCAAGGAAAGUGCCCGAACCAGAUCAGUCUGGAGUGGCAAAAGGCCAAGUUCGUCUUACAGCAGUACCUACUCGAAGCAUGCUACGGUGGCCAUUUCCGGACAAGUACGAUACCAAUGCCAAUAUUAACUAUCGGUUUUAUUGGGAAGAGUGGGCAGAUAACGUUCCCGUUUGUCGGAAUGUAGAUGAUCUCUUCAUUCUCUGCAAUACGUUCCUCAACCUUUCUGGUGUGAGCAUUGGCAAAGACGCUACGUUAUUGACCAAGCUUGCUAGGAUUGGAAAUCACAGCCUUCAAGUCGAUCGUUCUCAACAGAAUUUCGAUCGUUGGAAGGAGUUGCUGAAGAGGCUGAUUGUUCCAGCUCUCAGUAUGACUGUUUCCAACUCAGCCUUGGCAAACGAGAUAUACGACAUGCUGAGUCUAUACCCAAUCGCCACCCGAUACUCGAUCUAUGCUGAGUGGUAUGAGGGUCCGACAAGUCGCCAGCCAGCAAUGAAGAUCGCUUUUGCAAGAGCCAAACUCGAAACCUUGAGCACUAUGAAGCGAAUUAGCAAGAUCAAUGUGGUGCCGAUGGCUAGGGCGCUGGGGAAGAUUACUCACCAUGCUCCUGGUAUUGUCUUCAACAUCGCUCUUAGCCAGAUUGAAGCAUAUACCAACUUGACGGAAGUUGUGGUCGAGUGCGGGAAGCAGUUCACUCCUCUCGGCUACGACGUACUUGUUUGGUCACUCAUGAGCUCUCUCGGUGCCAAGGGUAGAAAUCGGAAUAAUGCAGAAUUCGCUCUACUCCCAAGUGCCUGGCUCAUGGCGCUCUCAAGGUUCUCUGGAAAGGUCUACAAACGAUACAGCCAUUUGAACCUUGUUCCCAUCCUUCGAUAUAUUAACGACCAGAUUUACCGAGGCAACUCUACAGACCUGGUUAUUCUCAAGGAGCUCAUCGCACAGAUGUCCGGGAUUGUUCCAGACCUUGAUUAUAACGAUGCUCAAAUUGUCGCCAUGACAGGUGGGGAACUGCUGAAAAGACAAACCCUCAUCAAUUUACAAGACAAAAGAUUCGAGUCUACGAAGACAUCGAACAGGCUCAUGAACGCCUUGACUUACUCGAAACUGGCCGGCGAGCUUCUGAUUUCGAUUGCGCAAUACCGACAAGCAGCCAUCUUCAAAAUUUCUGACACCGACGCACACAUUAAGCUACUAGCGACUAUUGUUGACGACACUCAGGCAGCUCUCACACAGUAUCUGGAGCUGCUUCGAAGCAAUCUUACGGUAGAAGAAUUUGAUGCAUCUGUUCCUGGUAUCCCCGAGCUCCUAACAGAGUUCGGCUUAGAUCCAGCACUCGCAUUCUUGAUCGGACGACCCAGCCUUGCGCACCUUAGAGCGGCAGUUGCUGUAUCCCCCAUGUCGAACGGCAGAUCCAAGGCCAAUUUACGAGUAACCGAUCCAGUAGCGACAUGCGUCGAUGCCGAUGGAGAUGUUGGUAUGGACAGUGGAAACAAAAAUGUCAUCACUGGUGAUGAAGCGCUGGACCUCACGAACCAAGGCAGCCAGAUGCCCGACGCCAAUGAAUCAAGCCCACCAGUUAUCGCCUCGGAUCCAUUCAAUGCCAUCCUCGAACCGAUUAUUUCAAGCGUGCAAACUGCACUCCCGGAUGGUUCCUUCAAGUACCUUACUCCCAACUUCUAUACCAUCUUCUGGUCAUCCAGCCUGGGCGAUCUCGCUAUUCCAGAACCUAGUUACAACGCUGAACUUGCGCGGCUACUUAAUGAACUGAAAGAUCUGGCAAAUGAUCGUUCGGACAUGAGUCGACUUGGUAUGGCGAAGAAGGAGGAGAAGAAGAAGGCCUUAAAUACGACACGUGAGAAAUUGUUCGCCGAGUUCAAAGACUCGGUAAACGCCUUUACACAGAGAAAGGCACGGCUACUUAGAAACAAGGCACUCUGGUUUCCAGAAACUGUGAAGCCGGAAAAUGCCAACGAAGCUUUCUUCGAAAAGUGUUUAUUGCCUCGCCUACUUCUAUCUCCCGGCGACGCCGAAUACUCAUUCAAAAUGAUCAGAUUCAUUCACGACAACAGUGUUCCAUACUUUCGGACCUUGCAGCUGUACGGUCAAAUAUUCAGACAGCAUCGGCUGCGGGCCAUGAUUUUCACCUGCACCGUUCGCGAAGCAGAGAACCUAGGUCGAUUUCUCAAGCUCGUGCUCGUGGAUCUCAGCAAGUGGCACAAGGAUGGUAAAAUGUACGAAAAGGAAGCCUGGGGUGCCAAAAAGAAUCUCCCCGGAUUUGCGAAAAUUCUCGAAGAAAACAGCAAACCCAAGACCCUCCUCAGCCACGAUGAAUUCAAAGGUGUACUUCUCAAAUGGCACCGAGCUUUAAACUCUGCCCUAAGGGACUGUUUCGAAGGGACGGAGUGGAUGCAUAUUCGCAAUGCUAUAACGGUUCUCAAAUCCAUUGUUCAAGUUUUUCCUGCUAUCGACUUUCAGGGUGCCAGGUUUCUGGAGCUGCUUGAAGGUAUUGCAAAGCGCGAGAAGGGUGUUCGAGAAGAUCUUGCUCUGACUGGAAACGCCGUAUUCGUUCAGUUGAAGAAGAGAGAACCAAGUUGGGUCAUGAUACAAGCCUUCGGUGCCGGCAAUAUCAACUACGCAAAUGGCAAGCCACCUGUGAAGUCAGUCCUAAAGCCUACCGCUCCAGACUUCAAGCCGAAAUCAGCAGCCAUCCCAUCAGGUGCGCCCGCUACAAAGCCUCACCCUUCAACCGAAGUCGAAGACGGGGAAGUCGAUGACGCCAAACUUUCAGCUCGGACUAUUCCUACCACUGCGCCUAGCAAUAACGCGGCUACCCCUCAGGACUUCAAGCGUGUAUCUUCCCCCGCUGCGGCAUUGGAAUCAAAGAAAUCGGAACUUCUUGAGAAGAGGGAGUUAUUUAAAGCUCAACAAGCAAAGGCCCACGAAUCGACGCCACCCCGUCCGGUUGUGCCGAUCCGCCAGGGCCCGGUCGAAAGCAGGCCUCCUAAUUCUCUACCAAGCCGUCCUGACGUUCAAUUCCCGAGUCGUGAUCUACUUGAAAGACACCCUCCACGUCAUGGCGAUCGCAGAGAUGGCCGAGACCCUCGUUUGCCUGAUCCAAGACUGGAUCGUUCUAGGCCUGGUGACAGACUUGGAGAUAGACUUGGCGAUAGAUCUGGAGACCGGCUACGCGACUUCUCCGGGAAUGACAGACGUGUCAAUGAGCCUACAGCUAGAGAGUUUGCGAGACCUCCAGAUAGAAGCCAAGGCUCCGAUCGUGAACGUGUUCGACCAGAACCCCCCCCUCGUUGGUCUGCCGAAUCUGCUCGCGAAAAGAUUGAAAGAUCUGCCAACGCCCGAGAAGCUGAUACUGGCCGGUUGACUCGCGAGAUGCCCCCUCCAAGACCCUCAGCAGUAGCAACACCUGACCGUACGCCUCAAGGUACGCCUCAUGCGAUUGCCGACAGAGUGCCCGCUCAAAUUAUGGAGAGACAAGAUCUUAUUAAUCCAGAGCGAGCUGCCCUUAUUUCUACUGACAACGAGACUUCGCGGUCAUCGUCCCCUCGACGAGGUCGAGAGGAAAUUGCGGACAGAGUUUCUUUGAGAUCGCAAUCACCUAGGAGACAUAGCGCUGAUAAGGAGCGCCCAGAUCUUAGGCGUGAUGACCGGCAACCUCGCAGUGGCCCUCCGGAUAUGUACAGGAGUCGAGUAGACGAUAUUCAACCGCCACCAGCUGGGCCCAGAAGUGAUCGACCUGCGGAGAGAGAACGUGGCCCUAAUGACAGAGCCAAUUUCCAGCCAACGCCUCCUCCCAGAACUCUCGAUCCCGAUCACGGCAGACUAAACUCGACGUCUAGAUCCCAGCCAGAUCCCAACUUUGGUCGUCUCGUAGCGCCGUCCACCUCUGACAUACCGUCUGGGCCUCGCGAUAGGAGUAAUCGUGGUGGUCGCAUGGGAAAUGCACCGCCGCCAUCACGCCAAGAUGGGAGAACGAGGGAGAUGCCACGUCCUCCAACCCCCGAGAAGCAACAACCUCCAACUGGCCCAUCUGGUCGUCUUCCAAAACGCUCUGCAUCUGGUCAAACUGAGAUGGGUUCCAUGUCAGGUCCUACUGCCGCCGUUUCUCCCACUGUGACUUCACCCUCAGCAUCUACGAUCCACCCAGAUAGACUGAAGCAUCUCGGCGCGUCGGUCACUCUGUCGCCCGUGCAGCCACCGCCUUCUCCUCAAAUACCAAUUGGAGUUCAUCCUGAUCGAUUAAGAGCCUUCAGUAAUGAGGAAUCAAUAAACCCCCAGCUACCCCCUCAGGCUAACAAGCCUCGUUCGAGACCCGUUUUACCCCCGCUAGCAACUCCAGGUCCACCUUCUGGGCCCAAGAUGAACCAAUCAAGUCCUGUUAAUCCUCCUCCGAGCAGUUUUGCAGCUCCCACUGGCCCUUCUUCGGCAAAUGAGCGUGCAGCACGGGGUGGGAGAAGACAGCUUGCUGGCAUCAAUACUAUGCUACAACAAGGCGCUCAACAAAAUACCACCGAUCGCACAAAUAUCCGCGGUCGUGGUGGGAGAAUGUCUGGCAUGGGCCAUGAGACGCUCAUAGCCCGUCCAUCCACUCCAUUGAUGCCCGUCCCCCCACCACCACCUGGGCCGCCACCUCGAGCAGAGCCUGCUAGAGAUAUGGCUCGGGAUCUCGUCAAUCCUGCCCGUGCUGACCUGAUCACUGGACCAGAGGCAUCAAGCAAGGAUCAUGACCAAGAGCGCAUUGGACGGAGAGAGCGAUCUGGUCGUAGCCGCAGAAGCUCCAGAAGUCCAGGACGAGAGCGCGAUUCCAAGCGCGCUAGUCACGAGGAUGAACGACCACCAAGAAGCGAACAUCGUGAUCGCAGUGAUCGUCGGACUGGCGAGCGAGAACCGGAGAAGGAUAGACACCAGAGCAGAUUAUCACCAGCCCCCGCUAGGGAUUUGAUGGUUGGGAGAGAGUCAACUGGCGUUAGAGACUCGAUGGGAGCUCGAGACGCCGGGCGGGACGGUGGGCGAGAACGGGAGCGUGGGGAUAGAGAGAGAGAAAGCCGUCGUCGAGACGGACAUCGAGAUUCAUCAGGUCGUGAUCCUAACGCAGCUGGAUGGAAUGGCGAGCGAGGAGACCGUGGAAAUGAGAGAGGUGGCUCCGGUCGGGGUAGCAGGGAUACGCGGAACGGGGAUAUGAGAAACGAGGAGCAUCGUAGGGACGGUCGUGGGAAUAGAGAUGAUGGGAGCCGCAAGAGGCGUAGCGAUGGAGAGGGGUUGGAUUCGAGAAGUCAUAAUGACAAGAGAGUCCGGAGGGGUUAG